UGCAUGUGGGAAAGACUGGAAGCUUCAGUCCUGUUUCUCAAUCUUGGGCUCUCUAUGGCAUACAAAACAUCACCUUGGGCAGUGGUAAAUCUUGAUCGAAAACGGUCAAAGAAAUAGAGGAUAGGAACUGUGGACUCUGACAGUUAAGGAUUUUAAGGACAAUUGGUAUGGUGCGCAAACAAAAACCAAGCUGAGGAUUUCUAACACAACACUUUUAAACCUGCAGUCGAUACAUCUGAUCAAAAGGAAGAGGUUUUUCCCAUCAACAUGGGCUGCUCUCCCUCUAAAGGUCAACUUUUCAGUAAAAAAGCUACACUGUCUGCAUCACCAGAAAACAAGAAUGCGGAACUGCUUUCUGAUGGGGCACAACGUCUAAUCAAAGUAGAGAUAAGCACAGCUACAGAAGGACUAACAGCAACAGAGAUACAAGAAAAUGAAAAAUAUGCGCAAGGUAAGACAUCCUCAGUAGUUGAUGUAGUUUGUGACGCCAUUGUGACAGCCAAAGAAAAUGCUACUGAGCAGAUGCUAGAUGUGCUUCGCUCUCAGGAUGGACAAAGUGCACAAGAGGGUCUCUUAGAAAACCAGAGAGAAGGAACUGAGGGGAUAAGGACAAAAGUUAAUCAAGGAAAGCGGAGGAAGCAAAGGAAACAUAGACUGAGAAAAAAUUCCUAUGCGCAGUCAAAGGCAGAGUUCAUACUGAAAGCCCACCAGGCAGCCUAUGCGUACCUAAACCCCAGCAUAUCAAAAUAUGAGUCUCUUUUAGGCCUCUUGAGCCAGGCUGCUCAGACCCAUCUCUCUGUACAGACCACAGUAGCAUCAGUAGUCUUGCACUAUGAAGAGAUUAACCAGGCUUUGGAGGAAAUGGCCUCUGAGGGUGAACACCUGCUGAGGGAACAUGGACACAACAUGACAUGGCCCGCUUCACUUAAAGACUAUCCACCUACAACAACCAAACCCAGCAAUGAACUAAACUUCUCCCAGCUUCCUUCCGAACUGCUGCAGCAGAUGCUUCUUCACUCCACAGCUAAAAUGAUUUCUGUGGGAGACUCUAUGAAAUGCCUGAGUGACUCAGCCUUACAGGAUCUAGCUGAGUACUAUGGGUCCCUGUCUCAGAUAUUAGGAGAGAAGCUGCUUGCUAAGCAUGCGGCAGAGGAGCGCUUGAAGCAGGUCUCAUCCCGUGUGGAAGCUGCUGCCCUCAGGAAACCAAGUCCAGAAGAUUCUGCUCUUCACAGUGAGGACAGCGGCAUAGGUGCAGACAACGAGUGUCAGAAUGGCUCGGAGCGUCUCCGUCGAAACAGAGGGAGCUCUGGAUCAGGAGCAAACACUGGAAUAGUAUCUGUCUUGACCAGCAGUUGCUCUCCAGAUCAGCCAUUCCUUAAUGCCAAUGAGGAUACAGAUAAUGAUGAUGAUGAUGAUGAUGAGGUUGAUGAUGAGGAGGAGGAUGCAGCUCUUGAGAAUGAAGUCAGUGGUGGGUUGGCCGACAAGACGAGGGGAACAAUGUGUAGGUCUUUUGAGCCAGACUCCACCCAUCCUCCAGUUCAGGGUAGUCUUCAAAAGCAAGACCAGGUCAAGACCAGAAAAACCAGACGGCCCAAAACGGCAGACAAUACCUUUCAGGUAAAACUAAAGUACCGCCAUUUAAGGGGACCAAAGCACUCACAAUCCGCCGAGUGUUUGUGUAGCAAAGCAGAAGGAUCAGAUCCUAAUCAGCAACAAGGAAACCCAAGGAACAAGCAAACACCUCACUGGAGGAUAAAAAAUAACUUGCCAGAAGAAAUUGUACACGGGGGUCAUGUUUGGACAAAGAUUAGAAGAAGUUCAUCAGGAGGACAGUGCGCAGCGCGAUACUAUGGCCUCCAGUAUGGCAGCAAAGGGCCUUUCAGGGCAAUACCACCAAGCUCUCCUCCAAAGUUUACUCCAGAUCCACCUGGGCGAAAUGCUGUCAAGAGGCUUAUUAAUACUUUUAGCCAAGGGGUGGAGGACAAUUCAAGACAAAGUCCUUUAGACCAAAAACCAAUAAAAGUCAGGGGCAACAAGAAAUGCACUCUCCCACUGCUGCAGAAUAGCAGAGGAGCUCUUACCACCAGUGGGAAUAUCAAGAGUAGCAUCCAUCCGCUUAAACCCAGACCUGAGCAACUGGAUAUAGACAGCCUCCCACCUCCACCCCCAGAGAUGCUCAUGGACAACUCAUUUGAAAGCAGUUUAGGGUUUCCCACUGAGGAGGGGGCUCAUGAUUUACAGUGCAGAGGGCAAAGACUCCGCACUUCAAUGCAAAGAGAGACUGUGCUCUCCAACAGAGCAAGCAGACAGCGAGGCUCCAUGAGCUUCUCAAUGACUCAGCCUGUGAGGCAAGAUGCUUUGCCGGGUUCCUGCAUUGAACAGGAAUACAAAAAAGCGAUUGGGGUGGAUUCUGAAAGAGAUUCAGCACACACCCUUGACCAGAAUUGCCGCAAAGUUGUUCAUCAGCCUGCAGAGUCUUCUGGGAAAACAGCCCCGGCUAAUGCAGGUUUGCACGUUUCCACUCUUUAUCAAGAAUGUGAAAACCACAAUGAGGGCGAGACUGCAAGUAUGCAAGCAAAAAGUUUUCCUCCAACAACUCCACCUGUCUCGAGGGCACGGCUUCCACCCUCCUGUCCCACUGUGCGCCACGCAGUGCCAAGUCCUCCAUCCACAGCCUACCCCCCGAGUGGGAAGUGGACUCCAUCCACAACAUCUGCCACCUCUAGUAUACACAGAUGUGCAAUGGCCGAAGAAAACAACCUUCCUGCUUAUGGGACACAAUCAUUUUGUGAAGCUCGGGCCGUGUUCUGUCAGGAGAACAAAUCACUCCCCCACACAUGGACACGUUCAUGCACGUCUACUUUACCUCGGCCAUGGGGAGAACCUGCCAGAGGAAGACUGCCAACUACUCAUCCUCAACCUUCUUUUAUGGGACACAGUCCAUCGGGUCAAAGGUCAUCCCACAGUGAGCAGCCACAGUCAUUGCCUAAUGCCAAAAAACAACAGGGCCAGGACAAUGAUGUCACGCCUUUGACCAGUGAGGGAGCAACCACAGCGUCCAUGAGAGCAGACAGCACAGACUCCGAGCCGUCCACUGCUGAUCUGAACACACACAGCGGGUUUGUGGGCAAGGAAAUUACAGAUUAGCUGGAUUAAGGCCUUUUCUCUCUCCUGAGAGCUCCAGAGAUAUACAUGGAAACAUUUCCAGUAAAUAUAAACACCAUUAUGCUUCAAAGAGCUUAGUUUAAAAAACACCCGUGUCUGUAUAUUUGUUACUGUGUCUCAAACUGUCUACCUAAUCUGUUAUUUAUGCUCGUGUUUACUCUUCUAUUUGUAGCAUGAUCUUCCUUUUGGUUUUGAUACGUAACAAAGGAUUAUUAGGUUCAUCAAAAAGGAAAGUUUUCUUUUUGUAUCCUGUAAUUGAUUAAUCUGAAACCAACCUGUCAUGCUCUCACCCUUAUUUAACUGGAGCCUGUUACUGUUACUACUUGUUAGAAAUAUCUAAUCGUGAAUAAUAUCAUUCCACAACUGUCUUUUAUUAUGUCAUAUACAUAAAUGUAUCCAUAUUUGUGAAUUUUGUGGACAAACCCAGGAGAAAAAAAGUGCACUUCCACAAUGUACUUAAAGUGCUCUAUUUUCAUGCACUAAUUUUGUACUUAACAUACUAAAAAUGAUUCUUUAGUACUUUUUAAAAGAUAAUCUUUAGAAUAUCUAAGUGUACUCAGCUCUGCUAUUUUGGGACACCAUGAAUAUGAACUAAAAUGUGCUUUUAACAUACUA